AUGAAUCACUAAAAGGAGAGUGAAUAUGAGGAUUCUGAUAGAAGUCAAUAAAGUUAAUCAAUUUAACAGAAAAAUAAUGAAAGAAAAUUCAGAAAAAUUGAAAAGUUAUAAUCUCUAAUCAAUAAACCAUUUUAUUUAUUGACUUAGGAAGAAAUUAACAAAAGGAGAAUACUAUCCAAAGUAUCUGAUCUUAUGGUUAAAACCACUAAUGCAUCCUAAUUUCUAUAACCAAUUAAUCAAUAGAAAAGUAGUGAUCAUAAGUUUUAGCUUAACAUUAAUCAUCUCCAAAAUACUUCAAUUCCUAAAAUACCACCAACUAUAGCAGAUUCUGAGAAAGAUUAUGUUGAUUAUUUGAUGAUGAAAAAGUGUAAUCCUAUAAAUAUAUAGAACUUAUAGAAAAUGACUAAAAAAUAAAACUUAAAAGAAAACUAUGAUUAAUUAUGGCAAUAACAAGAAGAUAUAUCAGAUAAAGAAAUAUAAGAUCCCUUUAAUGUUAGUAAAGCAUUGAAUAUAGUGCAUAAGAAGGAACUUUAGAAAUCGGAUGAGAGAAUUUAUUUUGAUAAGAACUCAUCCUCUGUCUAAAGCAAUUCGAACUUUCAAUCUUUAACUAAUUCUAGGUUAAUUCUUAUGUAAGAUCAAGAUAUAAAUGAAACUGAAUUUAGAGAACAAUAAGCAAGGAGAACUCUCAAAAAAAUGAAAACCAGAAAGGUUAUAAAUAUUGUUUAAAAGGCUACCAAAAAAAUUUAUAAUAAGAAAGAAGAGUAAAUUUAGAAGGAGUUAAUUAUGCAUUAAGUUUAUAAACAAAUGAGUAAAGACAAAAAAAAGGAAAGCAUAAAAUCAAUAGAUAGUGUUUUUAGAAAUUCUUAAAGUGAAUAAACUUUAUUAUAAUCCUAGAAUCAUUAAAAAAUGAUUACAAAUAAAUUACUGAGUGAAAAAACAUUUUUUUAGCCAAAGAAAUUAAGUGAAAUUAGACCAAUUUAAAGUAGGGUUCAAUUAAGUCACAUUAUCUAAAAAUAAGACUCUAGAAUUGAUGAUACACCUCCUAAAUUUCAAAGUAGAAAUAUAAGUCUCAUUAAUGAUAAAAUUGCUAAUUUAGUAUCGCAGAUUGAUUAAAUCUAACAAAAGGAAAUUGAUUAAAUGACCUUUAUAAAAUAACUAGAAAAUGAGCAAGAUCUAUAUCAGACUUAUAGGUAGUCUCUUUAACCAGAUUAAAUUUAAGAUACAUUAAAAUCACUCUUAGGUCCAAGUAACAAUAAUUAUCGAAAACCUUUUAAGUUUAGUAAUAAAAAAUUUUUUAAUCAGGUUUUAUGA